GUUGGACGACUUUUAAGAUUCAUUGGAUUGGUAAAAAAGGUUGUUACCAAACUAUAUACAUCUCUGAAGUUUGUUACUUCUGGGGCUUGUUAUGUUUUGGGUGAAAAUUAGUCAAGCAACAGCGAAAGGAGACCUUCAAAAAUUUUCACCUUGGAUGGUUGUGGCUGUCACAGCUCUUGGUACAGCUGUGAUUACGUCAUUUCUUGUUUUUACCUUCAUAUUUGCUUCUCUACUACGGCUACCUAAGAAAUCAAUCCUUGCUGUUACAGUGCUUUCAUCAGCAAGAAAUUCAAGUAUAGCUAUUGCUGUUAUUGAAAAUUUACCAGACAGUGUUGGGGACAAAGAUCUCAUGUUUUUCCCCAUAAUAUUUGUCUAUUUGGCUAUGGUUGUUAUUAUCAAUAGUUUUGGUUAUUUUAUGACAAUCAAGAAAGAGGAAAAUGACAUUGAACAAGAUAAGGACACCCUUGAAGACAAAGUUGAUAGUGCAGACAAACUUACUUUAGUUGAAAAUUCGUCAGUGGAACAGAUAACUUCAUAUAACAUACCAAAUACAUUGAACUGCAUUACAUUAUCAACAGUACAGUGGUGUACUGCUGUAUAAAGACGAUCCUUAGAUUUUAUCCGUGUAUCACUAAUACUAGUAUGUGCAGGGGAAUACACGCUUCCGCCGGAAAUCACGUCACCUUGGCUAUAUAGAACCUCGUUUUCAUGAUUGGGAUGAUAGGUCGCGUACGUCACGUACACGAAAAGGAGGCUCUCUAGCCAAACUGACGUACUUUCCGGAAUGGUGUAAUUCUAUAAUAAUAUUUCUAAGCUUACCAGAAAAUUUUAACCAGAGUUUGUUUAGAGUGCAUCAUGAGU